AUGUCACAUGCCAUCAAACCUGGGUUUAAUGCCCUUCGCCUUCCUUGCACCACACCAGGAUGCAACCACUGGUUUAAGAACAAGUCUGGUCUUACACAACAUACAAACGCUGUCCAUUUAGUCCUUACUAGCACUGCACCCUCGCCGAGUCCAUGCGAUUCGGAGGGGAACUUCCUUCCUCCUGGAACUUCACCUCCACCAUUGUUGGACAACGCACCCGAUGACUGGACUCCCUACUCUGAUCGGUUGGAGUUUGAGCUUGCGGACUAUAUCUUUACCAAGAAUCAGACACCCGCAGUGCAGAUCGACCACCUUCUUGAUAUCUGGGCAGCUUCGCUAAUCCGAGGUGGUGCUGAUACCAAUGUGCUAUUCACAGACCACUGCAAUGUCUACAAGACCAUUGACAGUACUCCUUUGGGCGACGUGCAAUGGCAGUCGUGCUCAGUCAAAUACACUGGGGAGCAUGCAGUUGACGACACCGCACCCUGGAUGGAAGACAGCUACGAUGUUUGGUUCCACGAUCCUCGUGAUGUUGUUCGGAAUAUGCUUGCCAACCCUGAUUACGCGCUGGAGAUGGAUCUGCAACCUUACCGUGAGUUCGUGACCGAAACAGAUGAGCGCCAAUGGCAAGACUUUAUGUCUGGCGACUGGGCUUGGAAUCAAGCGGACAAAAUUUCCGAUGAUCCAGACACUCAUGGCUCGAUGUUUGUACCUAACGACUAUUACCCACUGUACGCAUCAAUCGGAAAUGUUCGCAACAAUGUGCGCCGUGCUCACCGUAAUGUGGUUGCUGUAAUUGGAUUUCUAGCCAUGCCAAAGACAACUAAACAACAUGCUAAGACCGCAAAUUUCCACAAUUUCCAUCGCCAACUAUUUCAUUCAUCACUUUCAUACAUACUGAAGAACUUGAAGCCUGCGAUGAUGAAGCCUGAGGUUGCACGCUUUGGCGACGGUCAUUAUCGUCGUGUUAUCUAUGGACUUGGUCCGUAUAUUGCCGACUAUGAAGAACAAGUGUUGCUUGCAUGUAUAGUCAAAAAUUGGUGCGCUAAAUGUCUUUCAUAUCGCAAGAGUCUUGACGACGACAGUCUCCAAUGCUCAAGAACAUAUACUGAGGCACUAAUCGAAGAGUGUGACCAUUUGGCGCUUUGGGAUGAGUUCGGAAUUGCCGCCCAACUCGUGCCAUUUACCAACGACUUUCCUCAUGCCAAUAUACAUGAACUCAUCGCGCCAGAUCUCCUCCAUCAAAUAAUAAAGGGGGCCUUCAAGGACCACUUGGUGGUCUGGGUCGAAAAAUAUCUCGUGCAGACGCAUGGACAAAUGCAGGCUGAUGUCAUUCUGGAUGACAUUGAUAGAAGGAUCGCAGCAGUUCCUGCAUUUUCAGGACUGCGCAGGUUUCCUCAAGGACGCAACUUUCAACAGUGGACCGGAGAUGAUUCAAAAGCGCUUAUAAAGGUGUAUUUACCAGCGAUCGAAGGCUAUGUCUCAGUCGAAAUUGUCCGCACAUUUCGUGCUUUCCUCGAAUUUUGUUAUCUUGUCCGCCGUAAUAUUAUCACAGAGAAGACACUUGCAGAAAUUGAUGAUGCACUUGCUCGAUUCCAUCAGUAUCGUGAAAUCUUCAAGUCCUCUGGGACAAUUCUGACAUUCUCACUCCCCCGACAACAUUCAAUGAAACAUUACCACGCUCUCAUUCGACUUUUUGGUGCGCCAAAUGGACUUUGUUCCUCUAUCACAGAAUCCAAGCACAUCAAGGCCAUGAAGGAACCGUGGAGACGAUCGAGUCACUACAAAGCACUAGGCCAGAUGCUUGUGACCAACCAACGCCUGGACAAGUUGACUGCAUCACAUCAAGAUUUUCGGGCUCGCAGGAUGCUUAAUGGCACCUUACUAGAAGGGACGAAGUGUGCACAAUGUAUUCCAGAGCUUAGCAUCGAGCUUGACAUUUGCAACCUGGCCGAGCUUGUUCAAUGGUUCCUUUUCAAGCACUCCCAUCCCAACAAUACUCGCGACCCUACUGAAGUCACUCUCUUAGAGUCCCCAUACUAUCAGGGUCGAAUUUCAGUAUUUAACUCUGCAUCAUCAACAUUUCACGCACCCAGUGACCUUAGUGGUAUUGGGGGCAUGAAGCAUGAAUAUAUCCGUGCAUGUCCCUCAUGGAGAAACGAAGGUGCACGCAAUGAUUGUGUUUUUGCGAUUACCGACUCAGACACUCAUGGGAUGGGAGGCAUGGAUGUAGCCCGUGUUAUGGCAUUCUUCUCCCUUCGACAACAUGGCAGACAGGUUCCAUGUGCAGUGGUCUGCUGGUUCGAUCGAGUUGGUGAUGCACCUGAUCCUGACACUGGCAUGUGGAUGGUUAAGCCAGCUUUUUCUGCAAAUCGCACCCCACACUUUGCGGUGAUUCAUAUUGACACUAUUUUUCGCGCAGCUCAUUUGAUUCCAGUCUAUGGUACAGCGCUGCUCUCACCAUUGAUCAAAUUCCAUCACGUCCUUGACAUCUUCAAACUGUUCUAUGUGAACAAAUUCGCUGAUCAUCACGCGUUCGAAAUAGCUUAUUAG